CAGAGCUGAGCUGUUCCCGGCAUGGUGCGGGGGAGGGCAAGACGGACUCUGCAUUCGGACCAUGGAACGGGGCAGCUAUCGAUCUAGUGUUCAUGAAUCAUAUCAGACCAGUUCAUCCAGUAUUGUUCCAUGGGUCUGAAUAUCAUCUGGCUGAUGUCCGUGUGUGGCCAUCUUGUGUUUGGUGCUUGCCUCCCUCCAUGGCUUCGGCAGCCAACAACCUCCUUCGGUGAAAGCUGGGCCUGAUGCGUUGUCUAAGCAGGAGAGUUUGGGCAUAGUGCUGCCUGCAGACGAGGUGGUUGGAAACCUCGCAUUUCAGUUCCAGUCUGGUGCACGCAUCUCUAGCACAUCCCACCGGCCACAGCUUGGGAGAGGCGUUGGGCCGGGUCCCCGGCUGGUGCAAAUCAGCAUGACUGCACAGAGGUCAAUGGAGAUGCUGAUCGUUCACAUGAAACGCCCGGCUCUCCGAGACGGCAGCUCCCAAGCGCAACCAGGAACGGGGGCUCAGGGCCUGGCCACAGGCGUCCCAGCCGCCUCUCCCGCCCCGCCCCCAAGGAUUUUGGAGUCCUCGUUCUGUGCCUCAGAACAGCAAGUCAGGUACGUAGAUGAGCCCAACUGGGUCCCCCUUUGGAGGAUAGUCCCCUUCUCUGGCAUGUGAGUCUCUUCGCAGGACCAUCCAGUUCUCUCCCGCAGCUGCCCAAAGGGCUUUUUCAGCCCCCAGUGACAUGAUGGAGCUCAGGGGUCAAAUAGAAUUGAUUUCGUCACAGUCGCACACGAUUAGCAUGCAGAUCUCUGGCUCCCCGCAGGCCUGGCGGCUGCAGGGCCUUGGCGGGCCCGGUUCUCUGCUGCCCCAUGUCUUGUGCCCUUUUUUACACCUGUGGAAAGUGGGCCUAAAGCACCACCAGCUCAGAAGGGUGGUGAGACCGUUGCGCUGCAAUAAAUGAAUUCACAGUGACGGCGGCCCUGGACCUUUGGCCUUUGUCUUCAGUCAUCCCGGGAUCCUGCAGGAUUCUGAGCUCUUCCUACAAAGUCCUGAGGCCCAGCUCCUCCCAGGUCCUUUCGCUGCCUGACUCCCAUGGGAGAUCGGAGGCGAGACCCCUUUCGGGAUCUGGGGCCUCAGAGUCUUUAGCUCUCAUUGACGUCAAUGUGAGUUGAAGGUUUUCAGCGAUGGAUCGGGCCCUGGCUUCCCUCAUUCUUGGUGUUUCCCUCUGGAACCUUGUUAGGGCUGAUUGACACACAGACAUCGUUAAACCAGUGCACAGGCCAGCCCUUAGCUUAGGAGACAGUGCACAGGACUUAGCAGAAAUGCCCCUGCUCAAGGGGGAUUUGAAUCUGGGGAGGGGAUGAUUUAAUUGUCCUGAUGUAAGAUUUCUUAACGAGCCAGGACUCAAUACUUGGCUGUAAGCAAGCACUCGACCACCUGGCAGAAUGGCCAUGUUGCAAAUCCAGCCGAGAGAGAAGCAAUUAUAAUUUUUUGGACGCACUGACCAGUGCCCUGCAUGCUCCAUCAUGUCCCAAUAGAUAAUCAGUUAAUUAAUAACGGUGCUAAGCUCCUGCAUGCACAGACCCCUAGAGGAUGUACCAUGAUGUCGUUUUGCUCCUCCCCAUCUCCCAGCAUCUGCCUCUGCUACCAGGAUCAGCACAGAGACACACAGAGAGCAGUGAAGACAUGGAGGUGCCCAGCAAAAAACCCUCCCUCCCUAUAUUGCUGGUGACGCUGAUCAGCCUCUCUCCAGAUAUCCUGAUUGCCCAAGCACCUACUCCCCACAGCCGGGUGAAUGGGACUCUGGGAAGAUCGGUCGUGCUGUCUGUGGAUCUAUCCCCUGGGAAAAAGGUGAAAGAAAUUGAAUGGAGCUUUCGUGCUGGGUCAGGUGUGACGAUUCAGGUGGCUGAGUUCAUUGGGGAGAAGUUUGAGCGACCCGAUCCCAGCGACAGAUUUAAGCAGAGGCUAGAAAAGUACAACGAGACCUCGCUGAGGAUCAAGGCUCUAGAGCUGGGCGAUAGCGGAGUUUAUGAGGCCCGGAUUAAGAUAGUACCAGCAACUGUGGAGGAACAGGCCUUUCUCCUCGCGGUCUAUGAGCCAGUGCCACAGCCCCAGAUCCGGAGUCAGCUGCUCGCCAGCACGCUGGAGGGGUGCAACGUCACGCUGCAGUGCCAAGGCUCGGGGAAGGGAAACGUGAGCAUCUCCUGGGGGAGAGGGAACCCAGUCCAAGAGCUGGAUCCAGGUCGUCACCAGCUCUCCCUUGAUGGCAGGAGGCUCCAGCUGUCUCUGCAGCCCAGCUCCCUGAAUGCCACCUAUACCUGCACGGUCAGCAACCCCGUGGAUCAGAAGAUCGUCUCCUUCGACCUGCAGAGCAUCUGCCGCAGUGGAGAUGCAGACGCAUCCUUCUCGAAGCCGGGGUACAUUGUGCUGACUUUCUUCCUGUUAGUGCUAAGCCUUGGGACUGCCGUCUGGUGUUGGCGGAUGAACAACGAGAAGUCAGCUGACCCGGCUGCCACCCCCACGGGUCCAGUGGAAGAAAGUCCGUCCGACCCGCAGUACGCUGAGAUCCUGAGGAGUCCCCCAGAAGGAAAUGACCAGGCCUUGCGUCACCUGGAAAAUAACACAGAGCGGAGCCCACAGAAAGAGCCUCUAAUCACCACCAUUUAUGACAAGCUCCAGAGGACCCCCGAGAAUACAUCCGAGGAGGUCACAUAGGCCCCCAGGAACCAGAGGAGGUGGCGUAUCAGAGCUUACCAAGGGCUUUGAAGUGCACCGUGUGCCCCACUCAAACUCUGUAGCUGAACGGUCUCAGUUCCACCCACGAACCCGAAUGGAAGAAGACACCUUCUCCAGCUCUGGAGUCUGCCUCGUGACGCCUCCCCACCCCGCCACCCCCCGUUGUUUUGGAACCUCAUGUGUGAUGCCCUCAGCAACUGUUUUGGGAAGAAGGAACCAGAGUGAAGGCGGAGGAGGGAACAGAACAUGCAGCUUCAGCGCUGGCGCCUGCGAAAGCAAAGGGCCGUGCGGGCUAAGGCGACGUCUGCCCGUUCGCCGUGAGCAGGGGAAGAGGUGGAGAACACAGCACAGCUGCGCCCCCCCGCCUCGCCCCCCGCCCCCGCGAGAGGACGUUAGCCAACUGGAUGGAGCCCAUCUUUCCGUAGUUGGUGCACUGUCCUCCAGCGGGAGCAGCGUCUCGUCACCAACCGCGGAGCAGGAGGGUGGUGAGAGGCAACACGCCCUGGUGCAGAAUGGCCCGUGCUGAGAAGGAAACCACUCCCGUCUGAGCCUGGCCUGCUGGCUGCAUGACUGUGAAGAAGCAACAUCAGAAAAUGGGCUCCCUAGGGAUGGAGGCACCAUUCUGGCUGCGUGAUGCGGCAGGGCCGUGGGCUAGGAGGGACUUGGAUGCACCAUGUAUUUAUUUGUCUAUUCCGUUUGAUAAUGCAGCCCUGCGGGGUCGAUGUACAUGUGACUGAGUUUUGGAUCCAGGGGCCUGUUCUCUUUGUGCUCGUUGGAGGAAGGAAGGUUUUCUGAAGUAGAAAUAGGAACAGAUGGUGCUGUGGCUUUUGCGGGGGAGGAGAGCUAUAGGUGGAGGAGAGGAAGAUAGGAGUGUGUCUGAAUUACAGUGGGUUGACUAACUGAGGGUACUGGGGAUUCACUGAUCGGUAGAAAUUGGCUGAGUAAACCGCAGUCAGAUUGCAGUUUGCCACAAAACAGUCUGGAUCCCGUGGGAGAAAUAAAAGUAAAAUCUCCCUGCGUGCCGACUACCGCAAGGCGGAAAGGCGCAGGGGCAAAGCUGCACGUGGCUGGCAGAAAAGCAGCACAGAAUAUCAUGCUCACAGCAGGCUUUUCCCAGGGCUAAUCUGGCUGAGCCCCGAGUGGAGGUGUUGAGGAAGAUCUAGGGAGCUGAGGGUGACUCGGCAGAAGCGAGAUUAAUGAGGGACAAACGAACCAGGUUAAAGAGCUGGGGCUAGAUUCUGCCCCUGGGAUCGCUAGAAUUGCAAGGAGCAAAGUGCCGCUGAAAGUGAGCAAGGGCAGUAGAACCUGGCCGUGGGGCAGGCUCUGAAGCUCGGCCUGAGGGACACAUGCUGCAGGGCGGAGCUGAGCCCCGCCAGGUGCAACCUCAAGGAGGAAUCAGAGACAAGAGUCUGGUUCCAACCUUACCUGCCCUCCAGAGCAGUAAGUUACUGCAGUCCCUGAAAGGGAGCAUGUCCCCUCUUGCUUAUAGGGGUAACAUUCCCCCUUACGCCCCUGCUUGGCCAAGGAAGAGAGGACACAGUCUAGCAGCAGGGAAUUACCAGGAAGGACAAUGAGUGUGUCUCCUAUUGGGUGGUGGUUCCCUGUAGAGGGGAACGGCAGAGGUGUGAGUCUUAAUGAGGGUAGCUAGCCCCCAGGUGUUCUGUUACUGAGAGCCUGGCCUUGCUGUUACUAAUUGUGAUGAGACAUUUGUGCCGAGUACCACCCCCCUGCUGUUUACAGCACUCACACCAUGGAAACCAUCUCCCAGAGCUGCUAAGCAACCCUCAGACAUGAAAGGACCCGGAAGACCAGCACAAAAUGGUCCUGUGUUCCGGGAAAGUUCCCCUUUGAGUUCAGAGAAGCUCUUCAGAGGGGAGAUCAUCAAAAGCCCCAAAAUCUUUCAGGGGCCGGGGGGAAGGAAAAGAAAAUUUACUGCUGGAUUUGGUUGGGCAGCUGUGAUCAGGAUUGUUCCGCAUUGUAGCAACACAUGUAAGAUGGGGAGAGGCGUUGGGCAGCAUGCGGUGAUCCUGGACCUACCUCCCACACACUAACCGGGAAAAGCUCUGGCGGGGGAAGGCAGCGGGGGUCUAGUGCUUGGAGUAUUGCCAUGCUUCCUUUCUCCUGUCUGUCUUAUCUACUCACACUGGGGGAUUCACAGGGGACUGACUGUCUCUGUGUCUAGCAGAGCCUAGGCCCUCAUCUCAGUGGGCGACUCCAGGCCUCCUUGUAAUAUAACUGAACGGAGCAGGGGCCUCUCCCGGGAAACCCAACAGUGGUUUGUGUGUGUGGAGAAGUAGCCCCCUCCGCUGAAGUUUUUCCAAGCCUGUUUUUGCCCUGGCUUCAGUCCCCGGUUAGAUUAGUCUGUCCAGUAAAGCAUUGGAUGAUUUAUGCUCUGUUCAUGCAAAUACAAGGAAACGUAUGCACAUUUACAACCAGCUGCUACGGGUUUUUUCUGUUGGCGGGAGCGGGCGAUGGACCUUUGCAUGAUUGUUGGGACCUCAGUAGAGUUUGGAGCUCUUUGGACCUGUUCUCCGGAAGCAGCAAGCACCCACACCUGCCGUGGGUGGCGACAGAUGCUGCUGUUACCCCCUUGGCCAGAGAGCAGUGGAGUGUUUGGAUCAGGGAGCUGAUCAGUGAGUCUCUCUUCACCCUGUUAUUUCCUGUGAUGUGCAAACCAAAAUGCUCCGAUUCCUGCGCUGAGAAAAGAGAAUUUGGUCUCUCUUGCUUCCCUCUUUGUGCCUCCCGUGCCAACCACAGGAACCUUGGUCCUUACCUGCUUUGGCAGGGGAAGGGGGGGAGAAGCAACAAUGCCCAGACACCCCAGUUACGAUCACAGCCAGCGCUGUACCAGCUUCAGAGUAGUAGCCACUUGACGCCAUUCCCAUUCACCGAUGGGUGACACGGGGGGGGCGGGCUCUCCGGAGGCUACCUCCUGUAUUCAGUGACCUGCCUCAUUACACACAAGCCCAGCAUGGCAGGGCAGAGUCUCCCCACGAUGAUUUCAUCCUUUCAGGUCCCAGCCCCAGUGGCCCCUGCUCCUGACCGUUCCCGCCCCCGCGCGCCACUAUGCUACACUGGCCCUGCCUACGCCACCUGCCCAACCAACCCUUUGCCAGUCAAUGGUUCCCAGGGGAUGGAGUGGGGUGUCUCUCGCUCUCCUGUUUGGUGUGGGGGUUUGUGCCUCUGAGGUGACCCCCUCUGUCUUUUGAGAACAUGGAGCACCCCCUGAAAUCCUGGCUGGGAGCCCUCCCCCACUCUGCUCCCACCCUCGGGCUGCCCCAGGGACAUAACCCAAUGGCAGUUUUGAAAUCCACUCAGUUGGGUCCCAGCAUGGUCCCCCAGUGGCUACAAGGGAACUUUACUCCUUGGCCUCAGCUGGCAGCACCGGGUCGCCGUGCUGUGGGGCCCUUCUGGGUGCUCUGCUGGCCACCCGGCUGUGCCAUGGGUCCCUGUGGGCGUCAGCGCUUUGAACCCACCCUGCCCAACAUCUCGGCAAGAGAGGCAGCUCCCAGGCCGCUCUCGACUCCAUCCUAGCUCGGCUGGUUUCAGCACCUGCCACCCCCGGCUCUCCCUUCGCAGCACACCUAGCACAUCCUCCUGGGGAUGAGACCAUAGCCCAGGACUGAUGGGCCGGGAAGCCCAUGAGGGGUCGUCUGCUGCAGCCCGGCUGAGGACACAGCCGCUCUGAGGAGAACGCCAAGCGAAGCAGGCAGCUGCUCCAACAAAGACGCCGAGGACCUGAAGCUGCUGCCCGCACGUGAGCAGAUCAGGCUCCAACCAUCAAAUAGCCACAGGAAGCCAGGGCAGGUGACAGCAGUGCAAACUGCACGGAGACGCAGCCAGGUCAUGAGAGGGAGCUGCAGACUCGGGAGCGGUGAAGUCGCUGCAAACAGCUGGCACACCUGGACGGCAGGGCCACGGACGGGACCAGGAGGGGGUAAAAGAGCCUCAGACAACAGCAAGUUUAGGCUUGAAAUGAGGUGAAGAUUUCUCACCAUCAGAGGAGUGAGGUUCUGGAACAGCCUCCCAAGGGGAGCAGUGGGGGCAAAAACUCUAACUGGCUUCAAGACGGAGAAGUUUCUGGAGGGGAUUGUACGAUGGGACUGCCCACAAUGGCAUGUAGCACUGGACAGGGAGGGCUCUGAGUUACUACAGGGAAUUCUUUCCCAGGGGUCUGGCUGGUGGGUCUCGCCACAUGCUCUGGGUCCAACUGAUCACCAGAUUUGGGGUCAGGAAGGAAUGUCCCCCCAGCUCAGAUUGGUAGAGACCCUGGGAGGUUUUCACCUUCCUCUGCAGCCUGGGGCAUGGGUCAUUUGCAGGUUUAAUCUAGUGUAAAUGGUGGAUUCUCUGUAACUUGCAGUUGUUAAACCAUGAUGUGAGGUUAGGGGUCUGUUACAGGAGUGGCUGGGUGACGUUCUAUGGCCUGUGAUGUGCAGGAGGUCAGACUAGAUGAUCAUGAUGGUCCCUUCUUACUUUAAAGAAGGGGUGCCAGAAAAGGGGGGCAGGGGGCCAUGGGCCUACCCAUACACACUUUUAAAAGUCAGAGGGUAAUGCCAGCCCACUUUUUACCAGCUGUAAGGGUGAGUGAUGGUGGGA